GCCGAGUUGCGGUUCUCUGCAUUUCAAUUGGAAGCCAGACAUACACAUAGAACAACGUGUGGAACAUCACUCGACACUAGGAGCUCACUCAUUUACUUGCUAUUGCUACAAUGAAAUCAAUGAAAUAAAAUAAUUUUUUUUCAAGUGACAUUAGUUUAAUAAAAGCGCCCCAAACUAAGCAAACCAAAAAAUUUAUUUUUCACAAUAACGCACGGAAUAGUGAGAAAAUUUAACAAAAUUCAAUCGAAAAGGGCUGCCAACAAACUUAUUAUGGAUUUCGAUACGAAGUGUAUGCGUCUGGUGGGUACGGCUGCCGUUUCCAUUGUUGGAUAUCAACUUCUUACAAAAUUCCUGCCAUGGCUGUAUAUGAACAUAAUUGGUCCAAAAUUUUUUGGACCUAAGGUCGAUGUUCGUCGCAUGGGUUCAUGGGCUGUUGUUACUGGUGCCACCGAUGGUAUUGGAAAAGCCUAUGCAAAAGCGUUGGCUAAAAAUGGUCUAAAUAUUGUUCUAAUCAGUCGCACACCCAGCAAAUUGGAAGCUGUCGCAAAGGAAAUCUCUGAAGCCUACAGUGUUGAAACAAAAACAAUCGAUGUGAACUUCACUUCGGGUCCCGAAAUUUAUGAAAAAAUCAAAACAAACAUUCUAGGAUUGGAUAUCGGUGUUUUGGUUAAUAACGUUGGCAUGAGUUAUGAUUAUCCUGAAUUCUUUGUUGAAUUUAGUCAGAAAAAUCCGAAAUUUUUAUGGGACAUAAUUUCCGCCAAUGUACAUUCUGUAACCCAUAUGACGGCAUUGGUUUUGCCCGCUAUGGUGGAAAAGAAGAAGGGUGUCAUUAUUAAUAUAUCUUCGACGGCUGGUGUCAUACCAAAUCCUCUAUUAUCUGUCUAUAGUGCCACAAAGGCCUUUGUAGAUAAAUUCAGUGCAGAUUUGCAAACCGAAUAUCGUACCCGUGGCAUUUUCGUUCAAAGUAUACAACCCGGAUUUGUGGCCACAAAUAUGACGAAGAUUCGCAAAACUUCCGCCUUUGCUCCAUCGGCCGACACCUAUGUCAAGUCCGCUUUAAGUACAUUGGGUAUUGCCGAACGCACAGCUGGAUAUUUGCCACAUACUUUGCUACAAAAUGCUAUCAAUGGCAUUGGCUAUAUUACCUGUGAACAAUUCGCUAGUCAAAUGGUUUUUAAGAAUCUGCUGAAAACCCGCCAACGCGCCCUUCGCAACAUUGCCAAGAAACAAUAAAUGGAAACUAACUAGGGAAUUGAAUAUAAGAUUGAAAUUUCUGUUUAAUUUCAAGUGCAAGCAGUGGACUGGGUUAAUAUUUAAUUCUUAAAAAAGCAAUGGCAAACAAAUAACUUUGAAGUUGUUUUAAAUGUCAAACUAAACCCAUGCUAAUUUAAGGUGUCGUAUGCAUUUUUAAUGCUUUUCAAAACGUGUCAUAUUCAAUUAUAAAUUAGAUAAUUUUUUUAGUUUAAAGUCAAAUAAAGAUAAAUACAUACAUGUUGUACAUGUGUGUGUAUAUUGGAAAUCAA